AUGAAGUCCCAACGACUCUUGCAAGCCGCCGCCCGCGGUGUCCGACCUCGGCGGCAGCAGCAGGCCCCUCUCACGUCCCUCACGGCGCCGCAUACCACAACCCGCUCCCUCAGCUCCCAGCCCGUCCGCCGCGGCGCCGCCGCCACCGCCGCCGCCGCAUCGCCCGCGAACCCCGGCGUGGCCUCCAACCCAGCCAUGGCGUUCCCUUGCCUCGACAAGAUCGAGUCCCGGUCCGCCAACCUCGAAGCCACGUCGCGCGCCAGCGGGCCCGAGCCGUCCUACACCUCGGGCGAGACCCUCAAGUACCACUGCUCGGAACCCCUCCUCCUCGACUGGGGCGGCGUGCUCCCCGAGUUCGACAUCGCCUACGAGACCUGGGGCGAGAUCAACGCCGACAAGUCCAACGUCAUCCUCCUGCACACCGGCCUCUCCGCCUCCUCCCACGCCCACUCCACCCCGGCCAACCCCAUGCCCGGCUGGUGGGAAAAGUUCAUCGGCCCCGGCCUCAGCCUCGACACCGACAAGUACCACGUCAUCUGCACCAACGUCAUUGGCGGCUGCUACGGCUCCACCGGCCCCGGCAGCAUCGACCCGGCCGACGGCCACAACUACGCCACCCGUUUUCCCAUCCUCACCAUGGAGGACAUGGUCCGCGCCCAGUUCCGCCUCCUCGACGGCCUCGGCGUCGCCAAGCUCUACGCCAGCGUCGGCUCCAGCAUGGGCGGCAUGCAGUCCCUCGCCGCCGGCGUCCUCUUCCCCGACCGCGUCGCCCGCGUCGUCACCGUCAGCGGCUGCGCUCGCAGCCACCCCUACAGCAUCGCCAUGCGCCACACCCAGCGCCAGGUCCUCAUGAUGGACCCCAACUGGAACCGCGGCUUCUACUACGGCCGCCAAACCCCCGCCCUGUGCCCCGAUUUUCUCAUCGAGACCUACCUCGACUACGCCGGCGAAAAGUUUUGCCUCACCUACGACCCGAAUUCACUUCUCUACGUCAGCAAGGCCAUGGACCUUUUCGACCUCGGCGCCGAGAACCAGGCCACCACCCGCGACCGCCGCGCCGCCCCCCCAGAGCUCCCAGCCCCCGACGACCUCAUCCGCGGCCUUGCCAACCUCCGCGAGAUCCCUACCCUCGUCAUGGGCGUCGCCAGCGAUAUUCUCUUCCCCGCCUGGCAGCAGAGGGAGAUUGCCGACGCUCUCCGCCUCGCCGGCAACCAGUCCGUCACCCAUCACGAGCUCAACGAAGAAGCGAGCAUGUUUGGCCAUGAUACCUUCCUCCUCGAUCUCAAGGUCAUUGGCGCGAACCUCAAGAAGUUCCUGGGUUGA